AUGCCCACAUACAAGAGAAAGUGUGAUACAGUCGCAAACAACGUCUACACUACCGAGCAAAGAAUGAGCAUUGAGCAGUGGCUUGAGGAUACUACGAAAAGAAUUGAGGGCCCCGCGAUUUCACUAGGAUUUAAUAUUUCUCCAAAGCGCCUAGGCGGCUUGGAACAGCGGUCUGACAUGAAUAAAGAACUUUUGGAGAGAGAUUAUGGACAAGGAGACAAAAUUGUGGAUAUGAUCGGAGCUCUGAAUGAGACGGUCCACAGACAAGAAGAAGAAAGACUUGAGGAGGAAUCUGAAUUGCAGGAGAAUGUCCUCCAAGAAAAUAUUACUAGAUUGCAAGAGCAGCUCAGCAUGCAGGAUUCUUUUCAACAACACAGCGGCUUAAAAUCCAGGCUCAGCAUGCAUGAAAAGUUGCUAGAGGUUACCGACCAACAAAUACACACACAGCAAAAGCUCAUAAAACACUUGCUUGAAGCGCAUGCCUCAACUUCACGACAACUUGCCCUUAUCUCACAAAAGCUUUCACAACAACCAGAACAAUCUGCGCAACAGCCACAAGUGGAAGAAGCCGAGGGGCAGCAAUCUAAUCCGGGAGGAGCCAACACAAUUACAGAUGAUUCUGAAUAUAUCUUCGUCUCGGAAGAUGAAGCCACCCUUAGUUGA